CAUCCUCACCAUCUUCUCAUCCUCAGACAGAGACCAGCACGACAACCCCAGCUUCAGCCUUUCCCACAGGCUUAUGGGACACCAGUUCUUCAGCAUAUGCCGGCACAGGGGCUCCCAUCUUAAUGUCUUUUGCUAUCAACUUCACCAUCACUAACUUGCCCUACAUGGUGGACAUGGGGCGCCCGUGUUCUGGGAUGUUCAAUGCCACGGAGAGGACUCUGCAGGACCUGCUCCAGACCUUGUUCCAGAAUAGCAGUGUUGGUUUCCUUUACACCGGCUGCAGGCUGACCGGGCUCAGGCCGAAAAAGGCCAGAACAAGCACCCGAGCUGAUAUGGUCUGCACCUUCCACCCGGACCCCAUGCUGAACAGAGUGCGGCUGUACAGGGAGCUGAACCAGCUGACCCACUGGACCACUUCACUGGGCCCCUAUACCCUGGACAGGAACAGUCUCUACGUCAAUGGUUGUAACUAUCAGUCCAAGCCUCCCACCACAAUCUGUCCCGCGACCACAUCCCCUCCUGGGACCCCAACAUCUGUGACCUCCACCCCCAAGGCUCCAGCUGCAGGCCCAGAGUUGAUACCAUUUACCCUCAAUUUCACCAUCACCAACCUGCAUUACACCUCAGAUAUGGGGUACCCAGGCUCCUGGAAUUUCACUUCCACUGAGAAGGCCCUGUAUCGCCUGCUGCGAUCCUUGUUCAAGAACACCAGUCUUGGAUCCAGCUACUCUGACUGCAGACUGACCUGGUUCAGGCCAGAGAAGAACGGGACAGCCACUGGAGUGGACACUGUCUGCACAUAUUAUGCUCACCCCAUGCACCCCAGUCUGCAGAGAGAGCAGCUGUACCAGGAGCUGAGCCAGUUGACUGAUGGUGUUACCCGACUGGGCCCCUUCACCCUGGACAGCAGCAGCCUCUACAUCAACGGCUACAACCCCGGAUCCUGGACUCCUCCCACCAGCACGGCAGUGCCUGUACUGGUAACUUUCACCCUGAACUUCACCAUCACCAACCUACCAUAUGAGCAGGACAUGCAGCUCCAGGGCUCCUGGAAGUUUAACAGCACAGAGAAGAUCCUGCAGGGUCUGCUCACACCUUUGUUCAAGAAGAGCAGCCUGGGACACCUCUACUCAGGCUGCAGUCUGGUGUCACUCAGGUCCGAGAGGGACGGGGCGGCCACCGGAGUGGACACCAUCUGCAGACAUCGCCCUGACCCUAAAGGCGUGGGACUACACAGGGAAGAGAUGUACUGGGAACUGAGCCGACUGACUCAUGGUGUCACUUCUCUCGGUCGCUACAGCCUGGACAGGGACAGCCUCUGUGUGGAUGGUUUCACGGGCAGGAACUCUGCCACCACAGCCAGCAGUGAGUACCCACGUGGUGGCCCGAGUGUCUUGACCCCGUCAUUGAUGAGGGGCUUCUCCGUAGCUCCUGAGACCACCACGGGGGACCUGGGAAUCUCUGGGCCUCAAUCCUCUUCCCCUGUCCUUGUGGGCACUGCCCCGAUCCUUGAGGUACCCUUCACCCUCAAUUUCACCAUUGUGAACCUGCGCUACGAGGCUGAAUUGAGUCGCCCUGGCUCCAGGAGCUUUAAGAAGACAGAGAAGAUCUUGCAGAAACUGUUUGGAUAUUUGUUCAGAAACACCAGCAUUGGUGCCCGGUACUCUGCCUGCACACUUACCUCGCUCAGGUCGGAGAAGGAUGGGGCAGCGACAGGUGUACACUCCAUCUGCACCUACCGCACCAACCUCACAGGUCAUGGGUUGGACAGAGAAAGGCUGUACUGGGAGCUGAGCCGGCUGACCCAUGGCAUCACCAAGCUGGGCCCCUAUGCCUUGGACCAGAGUAGUCUUUACGUCAAUGGUUACACCCACCAGAUCCUGGCCACUACCCCCAAGACUUCUAUGGUGGCCACCCUGUCUUCAGGGACGCUGACCUCCUCACCAUCAGCAGCUGCCAGCCCUGCCCUGGUCCCCUUCACCCUCAACUUCACCAUCACCAACAUGCCCUACAUCGAGGACAUGCAGCCCGGCUCUGCCAAGUUCAACUCCACACAGUCAAUCCUACAACGCCUGCUCAAGGACCUGUUCACUACCAGCAGCCUGGGCCCACUUUACACUGGGUGCAGACUGACCACCCUGAGACCUGAGAGAGGUGGAACAGCCACUGGGGUGGACGCCAUCUGUAGCCACCGUCCCCAUCCUGCGGGCCGUGGGCUGGACAGGGAGAAGCUGUAUUGGGAGUUGAGCCAGUUGACUCAUGAGGUCUCCCGGCUUGGCCCCUACAUCCUGGACAGAGACCACCUCUACGUCAACGGUUACACCAGGCCACUCUUGACUGCUGUCCCCAGUGCCGCAGUGGCCCACCCGUCGGGAGUAUCAACUACUACCACCUCCUCCUCUGGCCCCACAGAUUUUCCGAUUGGAGCCGGCCCAACCCUGGCACCCUUCACCCUUAAUUUCACCAUCAGCAACCUGAAUUACGUGGAGGGAAUGCAACGCCCAGGCUCUGGGGAAUUCAAUAGAACAGAGAAAAUUCUCCAACGCCUGCUAUGGUCCUUGUUCAAGAGUAGCACGCUCGGCUCCCUCUACACUGGCUGCAAACUGACCUUGCUCAGGCCCAGAAGGGAUGGGACAGCCACUGAAGUGGGCGCUGUCUGUACCUACCGCCCUGACCGCAUGGGCCCCAAACUGGACAGAGAACAGCUGUACUGGGAGUUGAGCCAACUGACCCAGGGCGUCACUCGGCUGGGCAACUACACCCUGGACCAGGACAGCCUCUACGUCAACGGUUACACCCACAAGACUGCAGCAUCCAUACCCACAGCCACAACACCAUCCCUGGUACUGUUUACCCUCAGCUUUACCAUCACCAACCUGCCCUACACAGACGACAUGCAGUCCUCAGGCUCCUGGAAGUUCAACACCAUGGAGGAGGAGCUGCAGGGCCUGCUUGGCCCCCUCUUCAAGACCACCAGCAUCGGCCCCCUGUACUUGGGCUGCAGACUCACCUUGCUCAGGCCCAGGAAGGAUGGGACAGCCACUGAAGUGGGUGCUGUCUGCACCUACCGCCCUGACCGCAGGAGCCCCAAACUGGACAGAGAGCGGCUAUACUGGGAGUUGAGCCAACUGACCCAGGGUGUUACUCGGCUGGGCAACUACACCCUGGACCAGGACAGCCUCUAUGUCAACGGUUAUACUCACCGGAGCACAGCAUCCAGCCCCAGUGCGCCGGGACCACCCUUGGUCCCAUUCACUCUCAACGUCACCAUCACCAACCUGAAGUAUGUGGACGGCAUGCAGCCUGCAGGCUCCUGGGAGUUCAACAUCACCGAGAAGGCCCUGCAGCGCCUGUUUGGUCCUCUGUUCAAGAUCACCAGCAUCGGUCAUCUGUACUCAGGCUUCAGACUAAUCAUGCUCAGGCCCAGGAAGAAUGGGACAGCCACUGAAGUGGGCGCUGUCUGUACCUACCGCCCUGACCGCAUGGGCCCCAAACUGGACAGAGAGCGGCUAUACUGGGAGUUGAGCCAACUGACCCAGGGCGUCACUCGGCUGGGCAACUACACCCUGGACCAGGACAGCCUCUACGUCAACGGUUACACCCACAAGACUGCUGCAUCCAUACCCACAGCCCCAGGGCCACCCCUAGUGCCGUUCACCCUCAACUUCACCAUCAUCAACCUGCCUUAUGCAGAGGGCAUGCAGCCUCCUGGCUCCCGGAUGUUCCAAAGAGCAGAGAAACUCCUGCAGCGGCUGCUCGGACCCCUGUUCAGGAACACCAGUGUUGGUCCCCUGUACCAUAGCUGCAGGCUGGUCUUACUCAGGCCCAGGAAAGAUGCAGCAGCCACAGAGGUGGGCGCUGUCUGCACCUACCACCAUGAACCAACAGGCCCCACGCUGAACAGAGAACAGCUGUACUGGGAGCUGAGCCAGCUGACCCAGGGUGUCACCCAGCUGGGCAACUACACCCUGGACCAGGACAGCCUCUACGUCAACGGUUAUACUUGUCAGAAAACAACCAUUGCCACCACCCAUGCCACCCAACCACCUCCGGUAGCAUCCUUCACUCUCAGCUUCACCGUCACCAACCUGCCCUACACGGAGGCCAUGCAGCCUCCAGGUUCCUGGAAGUUCAACACCACAGAGAGACUCCUACAGCACCAGCUUGACCCCCUGCUAAAAAACACCAGCAUCCUCAGUGCCCUGUACUCUGGCUGUAGACUGAAUAUGCUCAGGCCCGGGAAGGAUGGGACUGCCACCGUGGUAGACACCAUCUGCACCUACCGAGUCCACUCUACGGACCCUGGGCUGGACAGAGAGCGGCUGUACUGGGAGCUGGAGCGGCUGACCCAUGGCAUCACCCAGCUGGGACCCUACACCCUGGAUCCAGACAGCUUAAGCAUCAGUGGCUAUACCCGUCCAGCCUCCGCCACGACCCCCGAGACAGCUGGGACCACAAUGACUGCCAUGUCCUCGCCAGCAUCACCUGUGGCUCCAUCGCCUCCAGCCCCGCCCACAGCCACCGCUCUAAGCCCGCUCCCCUUCAGCCUGAACUUCAGCAUCACCAACAUGCGCUACACACAGGAGAUGGGGCACCCAGGUUCUUCAGGGUUCAACGCCACCAAGAGGAUCCUACAGCACCGGCUCAACAUCUUAUUCAAUAAAACCAGCGUUGGCACCUCCUACACUGGCUGCAACUUGGCAACACUCAGCCUGGAGAAGGGAGGAGCAGCCACGGGUGUGAACUUCAUCUGCACCUUCCGCUCUGAGCCCACGCACCCUGGGCUGAGCAGAGAGCAGCUAUACUGGGAGCUGAGCCGGGAGACCUACGGCAUCACCCAGCUGGGCCCCUUCGCCCUGGACAGGGACAGCCUCUAUGUCAACGAUUAUACCUAUGGCACUAUGGCCCUGACUACCCCCACUGGGGCUAUGAACGAGGUGCCCUUCACACUGAAUUUCACCAUCAACAACCUGCGCUACUCAGCCAUCAUGGGCCGGCCUGGCUCCCUGAAGUUCAACAUCACGGACAGCCUCUUGCAGCACCUGCUCACCCCCCUGUUCCAGAGGAGCAGCCUGGGUGCCCGGUAUACUGGCUGCAGGGUCAUGGCUCUAAGGUCUGUGAAGAACCUCGCUCAGACACAGGUGGACUUUCUCUGUGCCUACCGGCUGCCCCCUGGUAGCCCAGGGCUGUCUGCUGGGCGGGUGUUUCAUGAGCUGAGCUGGCAGACCCAUGGCAUCACGCAGCUGGGCCCCUACACCUUGGACAAAGACAGCCUGUACCUGGAUGGUUACAAUGAGCGUGGCCCAGAGGAGCCUCCUACAACUCCUGAGCUGGCUACCCCGUUACCGACUUCUUUACCCACAUCUGUGCGACCAGAAGCCACCACAGUCAUAGGACACAACCUGAAGACCCUCACACUCAACUUCACCAUCUCCAACCUCCCCUAUUCACCAGACAUGGGCCAUGGGUCAGCCACGUUCAAUUCCACUGAGCAGAACCUGCAGUACCUGCUUGGAUCCUUGUUCCGGAACAGCAGCUUGGGCCCCUGCUACUCUGGUUGCAGCCUGAUGUCCCUCAGGCCUGAGAAGGACAGCGUGGGCACCAGUGUGGAAGUCACCUGCAGCUACCGCCCUGCUCCCGUGGGCUUAGGACUGGAUGUGCGGCAGCUAUAUACAGAGCUGAGCCAGCUGACCCAGGGCGUCACCCAACUGGGCCUCUACAGCCUCUUCAAAGACAGCCUCUUUGUCAAUGGCUAUGCACCCCCAAACGUGGCACCCAUCCGGAGCGAGUACCAGCUCGAUUUCCACAUCACCAACUGGAGACUUAGCGAUGCUGACCCCAGCUCUGCGGAGUACCUGGCCCUGCUGACGGAUAUCCGGGACAAGGUUACCGCAGUCUACACAGGGAGUCAACUCCGAGACGUCUUCCACUCGUGCGUGGUCACCAACUUGACGUCGGGCUCAGUGUUGGUCACUAUGAAGCUGUUCUUCUCAUCCUCCAAUCUGAGCCCCAAGCUGGUAAAGCAAGUUUUUCUAGAAAAGACCCUGAAUGCCUCAUCCUGCUGGCUGGGUGCCACAUACCAGCUGACGGACCUGCAUGUGACAGAAGUGCAGCCAACAGUUCAUCUCCCGACAGAAAAACCAACAAGCAGUCCUGGUUUCCAGGAAUUCCAGCUGAAUUUCACCAUCACCAACCUGUUGUAUUCCCAAGACAUAUCCCAGGAAGGCAGUGCCAAACACCAGCGGAGCAAAAGGAGUGUUGAGAACGCGCUCAACCAGCUCUUCCGGGACAGCAGCAUCAAGAGUUACUUUUCUGAAUGCCACGUUGUGGCAUUUCGAUCCAUCUUCAACAGCAACCACACCAAGGUAGAUUCCCUGUGUGGCUUCUCGUUUUUGGGUCGGAUGUUGACCAAAGUCACCGUCUAUGAGGAGUUCUUGCGGAUGACCCAGAAUGGCACCCGACUGCAGAACUUUACUCUGGACAGACAUAGCGUCCUUGUGGACGGAUAUCCUCCAAGCAGAAAUGAUGCUGUGACUAGGAAUUCUGGCCUUCCCUUCUGGGCAGUCAUCCUCAUCUGUUUGGCUGGACUCCUGGGACUCAUUACGUGCCUGAUCUGCUGCUUUCUGGUGACCACCUGCCAGCGGAGGAAGGAGGCCGACUACGAGGUCCAGCGUCGCCGCCCUCUGAGCUACUACCUGCCGCACUUGGACUUCAGGAAACUGCAAUGAAUCCCCAAUGCCUGAGGGCCCUGAGAGCCCAGGUCCUGGAGCGGUUUGGCUGGGGGCAGAAAUAAACCACAUUGGUUGGACACA